ACAAACCCAGGAAGUACCAAGAACUAACAGGCUGGGAAGGGACUGCUGCUGUGGUUUCUUUUGCCGUUAUUCAUUCAAAGAGUGAGGCAAGGAAACAACAUUGACAGGGGAAGCUGACUUGUAACCUGAGACGUCUACAUUUUCCACCACACCAUAGAAAAAGUGGGCCGGUCUUGGGCCUGAAACUCCCGGGCUGAAAAGUGGCCCCACUCCGGCCCUGUGUCCCUGUGCCAUGAGGUCAUCUUCCCUCCUCCUCCUCUCCUUCCUCGCGAGUGUGGCGGCUGUCCGGGGGGCUUCGGACUUUAGAGUCUGUGCCUUCAACCUCCAUCACUUUGGGGAUUCCAAGACCAAGAAAAGCGCUGUCAUGCACACUCUUACUAGGAUCAUAGCUCGCUGUGAUGUGUGUUUGCUUCAGGAAGUGAGAGACAGUAAAGCAACAGCUUUACCACAGUUGCUUACAGGUCUCAACAGCUAUGACACUGAACAUAAGUAUGACGCCGUGGCCAGUGUGAGGCUGGGCAGGUCAGAAUCAUAUCAGGAGCAGUAUGUGUUCGUGUACAGGACUGAUACAGUGACUGUCACUGGCCAGUAUCAGUAUCCAGAUGAUCGACCAGGUGAUGUUGAUGCUUUCUCCAGAGAGCCUUUUGUCGUCCGCUUCAAAGCCCCCAAGACAGUUAUAAAGGAGUUCGUCCUCAUACCUCAGCACACCACUCCAGUCAACACCACUAGGGAGCUUGAUGCACUGUAUGAUGUUUUACAACACAUGAAAAAGCUGUGGAAAACUCAGAAUGUGAUGCUUCUUGGGGACUUCAACGCUGACUGUGGCUACCUCGCUAAGAAGAACAGGAAGUAUGUGCGCCUGAUUACGGACACGGAGCUUGUUUGGCUCAUUGAAGACAAAACUGACACCACCGUGCGGUCGACCACCUCCUGCACCUACGACAGGAUCGUUGUACAUGGGGAAACAUUUGUCAGAGAAAUUGUGCCUCUUUCGGCCAAACCAUUUAACUUCCAAACAGAAUACCGACUGACAGAGGAGCAGGCACUGGAGGUCAGCGACCACUACCCGGUGGAGGUCCUGCUCAAGGUCAUCAAGUCAAAAGUCCCUUUCAAUGGUGCCACUUCUUUGGCACUAACUGGCACAGAGGAGACGACAAAUCAGUUCACAUCUCACUCAAAGUUCCUAUCUUUGUUUGUCCUCAGCCAUUAUGUCUUCCAAAUGUUAACAUGGUAGUUUAAUAAUAUAUCCUGUUCAGGUUUUUGUCUGAGGGCAAUCUCAGGGCAGCUCACUUAAUGGACUGAUGAGAACUGUAUUAUUCCCCAGUGUGUCGACACACCAAACGUCAGUAUUAUUAUCCACAGAAAAGGUCCUCCAUGUUGGGUUCAGGUUUAGUAGAUAGGAGUCAUCAGUAGGAUUUCAUUUUAAGAAUCUUUGUUUUAUUGCAGUGCAGCAAAAAACCCUACAAAAAAAUUCUGAUAUGAUAGAGAGGAUCAGGCUGCGCAUUAUAUUACAGGAUGACAUUUGCAGUUCCAUCAAAUUUUUUAUAGGAAGAAAAUGUCUUAUCUAGUAGACGCUUGUUUCAUACAAGCGCCAUAUGCGCACUCAUGCCGUGGUAAAUUGCACAGUUGGUGUUGUGAAGGCAGGUGAUGCGACUUAACUCAGCUGGUGGUAAGCUGCACCACACGCCAGACAAGAUUCAAUUCAAUUCAAUUCAAUUUUAUUUGUAUAGCGCCAUAUCACAACAUACAUUGUCUCAAGGCACUUUACAUAGUGAGGUCAAUAUUACAAUAUUACAGGGAAAACCCAACAAAUCC